GCGCUGGGCGCGCGCCUGCGCCUGCUGGUGCUGGUGACGUCGGCGCCGGCGCACGCGGCCGCGCGCGACGCGGUGCGCCUGACGUGGGGCCACUACGCCGCGCGCGCCGACGUGGCGCUGGCCUUCGUGCUGGGCGCGCCGCCCGACGCGCUGCGGCCCGCGCUGGCGGCCGAGGAUGCGAUGUACGGGGACCUGGUGGUGGGCCGCUCGAUCGACUCGUACUCCAACCUGACGCUGAAGACGCUGUCCAUGCUGGAGUGGGCCGACACGUACUGUCCGCGCGCGCCGCGCCUGCUGAAGACUGACGACGACAUGUUCAUCAACAUCCCGCGCCUGCUGGAGUUCGCGGCGGCGCCGGGCCGCGCCAACGCCACGCGCACCAUCUGGGGCAAGGUGGUGCGGCGCUCGUUGCCCAAGCGCACCACCAAGUCCAAGUACUACCUGUCGCCGCUGCAGUACCCGGCGCGCGUGCUGCCGGACUUCGCGACGGGCCCGGCGUACCUGCUGACGGCGGACUGCGUGGCCCCGCUGCUGGCGGCGGCGCCCCGCGAGCGCUACGUGCGCCUGGAGGACGUGUUCGUGACGGGCGUGCUGGCGGCGCGGCUGGGCCUGCGGCGCCAGCACGCGCCCGAGUUCUACAACAAGAAGGUGGCGCCGCACCCGUGCGCCGUGCAGCGCGGCCUGGCCAUCCACAUGGUGCGCUACCACGAACAGUUCGACCUCUGGCGCAAACUGCUCGACGGCAAGACCAAGUGCGCCAGCUAGGAGGCCUCACUUAUUUUUCUAUCGUUUUUGUUUUUUUACGAAACUAUAUUUUUAUACUCGAUCCUCGGCGGGCCUCGCUAUUGCGUGCACCCCGUCGGACCUCGGCCGCCGUCUCGGGCCCCGCGACGGUCGCCCUCGGCCUCGGAGAAUCUCGCUUACAUAUUAUUAUUAUACUAAACUUACUACAUUUUUUUUGUAUAUAAAGUACAAAGCGGUUAGCUUGCGUGACUAUAGUCGCGUGCGUCGCGUAGUCCGUUGCUCGUGGACUCGCUCCGCGCGCCCGCUCGGGCUCCGUCGCGCCCCCGGGCCCCUCUGCGCCCCGGGCCCCACGCGGCGCCCCGGGCCCCACGUAGCGCCCCGGGCCCCACUGAGCCGCGGGCCGCCGAGCGACUCGCCGGUACAGACAUUACGUUGUGUGUAAUCGAUACAAUAUGUCAUAUUGUACACGUAUUCUAUUCCAUCACUGCGUGGAGGUUGUGCCAGAUGUAAAUAAAUUAUAGUAUGUACAUUGUAA